ACCGCUUCAUCAAUACAAGCUUUAUUAUAAGUUUUUUCCUCAUACGUAUAACACCUUUCAUUAAUCAAAUAAGUAAUCAUUCAAAAGAUGAAAGGAAAAGCUUUGAUUUUGAGUUUGCUCAUAAUGAGUCUGGUCAUGGCACAAAUCCAAGUAGAAGCAAGUAUCUGUUGCCCGUCCGUACAAGCUAGAAAUACCUUUGCUAUGUGUUAUAAUUCUGGUCUGUAUCGCAUGUCAAUUUGUAUUGCAAUGAGUGGAUGCCAAAAAUCGAACACAUGCCCGAACGGCAUUCUCGAAAACUCAGGUGAUGCUAUUAAUGAGUACUGUAAGUUAGGGUGUGAAACUUCUGUUUGUGGAGCCAUGAACACUCUCAAAAAUUCUGAUGCAAGUGAGAUUGUGAAAGGAGCGCUUGAACAAUGUGCUAAAGCAUGUUCUACUUUCUGCACCAAGAGCUCUAAAGCCACACUUGUAACUGCCUAGACUGUUCUAAUUGUCGUGUAUGUGACAAAAAUAAUGCUAGACUCUUUGAAUAAUCUGUACUUCUGGUAUGUGUGUCGUAGAAGGCUGUCGAUCUCUAGAUUGUACAUGCCAUCUACUUCCCUAUCAUCUUAAUAAAGAAUAACAUGUCUUUUAUUAA